AUGGGGUCUGACAGUCGUGCAGUGUACUGCUUGAGAUUGACAGUGUACUGCGGGGGUUUGCCAGUGUACUGCUGUACAAUCGUACUGCUGGAGAUUGACAGUGUACUGCUAGAGAUUGACAGUUGCGGGAUCACCCUGCCCCCACGUGCACCCGAGCAUCACCCUGCCCCCACGUGCACCCGAGGUUCAUCCCUCCAGUGCGGGAUCACCCUGCCCCCACGCGCACCCGAGCAUCACCCUGCCCCUACGUGCACCAGAGGUUCAUCCCUCCAGUGCGGGAUCACCCUGCCCCCACGCGCACCCGAGCAUCACCCUGCCCCCACGUGCACCAGAGGUUCAUCCCUGCAGUGCGGGAUCACCCUACCCCCACGUGCACCCGAGCAUCACCCUGCCCCCACGUGUACCGGAGCAUCACCCUGCCCCUACGUGCACCCGAGGUUCAUCCCUCCAGUGCGGGAUCACCCUGCCCCACGAGCAUCAGCCUGCCCCCACCCGAGCAUCACCCUGCCCCCACGUGCAGCGGAGCAUCACCCUGCCCCCACACGUGCACCCGAGGUUCAUCCUCCAGUGCGGGAUCACCCUGCCCCCACGCGCACCCGAGCAUCACCCUGCCCCUACGUGCACCCGAGCAUCACCCUGCCCCUACGUGUACCCGAGCAUCACCCUGCCCCUACGUGCACCCGAGCAUCACCCUGCCCCUACGUGCACCCGAGGUCCAUCCCUCCAGUGCGGGAUCACCCUGCCCCCACGUGCACCCGAGCAUCAUCCUGCCCCUACGUGCACCCGAGGUUCAUCCCCUGCAGUGCACCCGAUCACCCUACCCAGCACCCUUCAGUGCGGGAUCACCUGAGGCCCAGUACUGAGGAUCAGCAUCCCUCCAGUGUGGGAUCACCCUGCCCCACGUGCACCCGAGGCUCAGUACUGGAUCAGCAUCCCUCCAGUGCGGGAUCACCCUGCCCCCACGUGCACCCGAGGCCCAGUACUGGAUCAGCAUCCCUCCAGUGCGGGAUCACCCUGCCCCCACGUGCACACGAGGCUCAGUACUGGAUCAGCAUCCCUCCAGUGCGGGAUCACCCUGCCCCCACGUGCACCCGAGGCUCAGUACUGGAUCAGCAUCCCUCCAGUGCGGGAUCACCCUGCCCCCACGUGCACCCGAGGCCCAGUACUGGAUCAGCAUCCCUCCAGUGCGGGAUCACCCUGCCCCCACGUGCACCCGAGGCUCAGUACUGGAUCAGCAUCCCUCCAGUGCGGGAUCACCCUGCCCCCCCACGUGCACCUGAGGCUCCAGUACUGGAUCAGCAUCCCUCCAGUGCGGGAUCACCCUGCCCCCACGUGCACCCGAGGCCCAGUACUGGAUCAGCAUCCCUCCAGUGCGGGAUCACCCUGCCCCCACGUGCACCCGAGGCUCAGUACUGGAUCAGCAUCCCUCCAGUGCGGGAUCACCCGAGGCUCAGUUACAACUUUUACAGAAGACUGUUCAAAGGUCCUGUGUACUGA